UAAAUCUAGCUUGAAAAUAGCUGGAUUUUGUAAAUGGUACAGCAACUGUACUGUAUGUGGUGCUUAAAAUCUGGCCACACUGUCAUGAUAAAAUCUGCGUUAUUUGGGAAAUUGCCGGGCUACGCACAAUUAGAAAAAUGUCCGAGGAAGCUCUAGCGGCCGUGCCACUGGUUAAUAUCAGCGAUCAAGGAAUAUUUAAGUAUAUUCAGAUCGUGGUAAAGAAUGGUGGGGAGGCUUCCAAAACGGUAGUUCGAGGCUUUGCUGACUGCACAUGGCACGCUGACAUCUUUGAAAGAGAAGAGCAAAUAUUCGCUAAAUCGGGUCUUAAGGCCGAGUGCCCCGGUGGCGGACGCAUAGAGCACGACCCAGAGAAGAAAUACCUCAAAGUUUAUGGAUACUCCCAGGGCUUCGGAAAAGCUGAUCAUGCCCAAUCCAAAAAAAUCCUGGAAACAAAAUACCCAGAUUACACCAUCGAAAUCUCGGAUGAAGGAUAUUAGAUAAUGGUUCCAAUAAAGCAAAUUUUCUAAAGGAACUCUGGCCAUCUGAUCCAAUGUGCCAUGACAUUUAACAAUAUGGAAAAAUAAAUAUUUAUAUUUCAGGAAAA